AGAGGUUUAUUUAUUUCUGCGCUGUUUUUCUUUCUCCCCCAGCUGGGUGCAGAGCUUUGGCCACGAGGGUCUGGGACUGCUGCUGGACAUCCUGGAGAAGCUGCUCCACAAGAAACACCAGGAUAAACCUGACAAGAAGAGCCAGCAUAAAGUCAUUCAGUGCCUCAAAGCCUUCAUGAACAACAAGUAUGGUUUGGAGCGGAUCCUGGGAGAGGAGAAGUGUUUGUCCCUGUUGGCCCGAGCUAUCGACCCCACCCAGCCCGCCAUGAUGACCGACGUGGUCAAGCUGCUGUCGGCCAUCUGCAUUGUGGGCGAGGAGAACACUCUGGAGAAGGUCCUUGAAGCCAUCACCACAGCAGGAGAACACAGGGCCACGGAGAGGUUCAGUCCAAUCGUAGAAGGACUCAGAGAUCGCUCCGUCCAAUUACAAGUGGCCUGUAUGCAGCUCAUCAAUGCUCUGGUGACAUCUCCAGAUGAGCUGGACUUCAGGCUUCACAUCAGGAAUGAGUUUAUUCGCUCCGGCCUCAGCGAGAUAUUACGGUAA